AUGGACAAAGAUUGCGACAUGGUUUAUAAAAAUAUUUCUGACCUUUACAAAUCCGAAGAAUUUAAGACAUACGAUAACUUUGUUUCAUUAGUUGCAAAAUGUGUAUGGCAGAUAAGAGAUAAAGAUAGAAGAGGUAAAGUAUGGAAUGAACAGAUAAAACCAGCAGCUUUUGAGUUAAAGAAAACCAUUGACGCCUUAGUUGUUCUAGCUGGUUUUAUUUCAAUGUAUAACGCAAAAAUGAAUCCGCAAUGUUCAAAAUGUAAAGCAGCAAUGAGGAAAUAUAACUACUCCGUCAAAGAGAUAGAACGAAUGAGAAACGACUAUGCAGACUUAAAGAAAGAAGCAGAAAAACCAGCAGAAAAUAAAAUGGACAUGUUAGCAUUUCUGAACAAAAACUAUCCAACUGCUGACGAUUUCCUUCUAUCUGACGUCAAGAAGAAGUAUAAAGAAACCUUCGGCAUUGUUAAAACUUUUGAUAUCCUCAGCGAAGAAAUAGAAGCUACGAAAUUGUUUAGGAUUUCAAAUAUACAUCGUACAAUUCAUGUAAAACGCUUGUGA